AGAGGGCCGGGACACCAGCGAGUGGGACUGCCUUCACUAAAACACCGAGGAACAAACAAACCCGCAUCGACAUGGUGAGACGCGCCGUUUCUCCACAACGUGGCCAGAUGAGGAGGAUGAUGAUGGAUGUCUUGUGUUUGAAGAAGGUCAACGCUGCGAGGCUUGUUGUGGGACUACUUGCUGUCCUUGGAUGUUCUCUGACGCCUUCGUCCGCCACCCAAGUGGGUCUGAGCGACAAAGUCCUGGUGUUCCCCUACGAGACGGACUUCAGCUUCGUGGCCCUGCUGCCGCAGAAGGAGAUGUCCCUGAGGGCCUUCACGCUGUGCAUGCGCGUGGCCACCGACCUGCCGGAGGACCGGCAGAUCAUCCUGUUCGCCUACCGCACGGCCGACUACGACGAGCUCAACGUGUGGCGCGAGAUGGACGGGCGCGUCUCCUUCUACCUGAGCGGCGACGGCACCUUCUUCCACCUGCCGCCGCUCACCACCUUCCGCACCAGCCUCUGCCUGACCUGGGAGUCCCGCACGGGCCUCUCCGCCUUCUGGGUGGAGGGGCGGCGCAGCGCCUACCAGGUGUACAAGCCCGGCCACUCCAUCCGACCGAGAGGCACCGUCCUGCUGGGGCAGGACCCGGACAAGCACCUGGGCGGCUUGGAGGCCGUGCAGAGCUUCGUGGGGGAGAUCACCGACGUGAACAUGUGGGACUCCGUGCUCUCCAGGAGCACCAUCCAGGCCUGGCACUACGGGCACAAGGUGCCCAAGGGCAACAUCUUCGACUGGGGCACCAUGGAGUACGAGCUGAACGGGAACGUGAUGGUGGUGGACGACGACUGACUGGCGGCGCGGUCCGGCGCGGAGAGGGGCGGGGCUUUAGGGCUCUGUGUCGGGCUGAUGCUGGUGUGUGAAUUCCUCCCGUAGGCACGCGACUGUUCCUCCGUAAAGCCAAAUAGUCUCUUGACCUCUGGGUGACGAGGUAAAAAAAAAUUCAGAAAAAGGAUUAUGCGUACGUAGCACACCGCAACGUUGUGGUGUUUUAGACCUUCAGCCUUUUGAAAUAACCAAUUUGUAAAUAUAGAGUCGACGUGCCAGAUGUUUCCAUAGGGUGGCACUGUACUAGUUCACAUCCAAUAGAAACAGAUCAUCUGAUAUGACAUAGUUAUGAACUGAGGUUAUUAAUGGGACCACUAAAAACGAAUUAAAAUGUUGCUGUUAUUAUUGUACUAAAUUACAAGUAAGAAUACAUUAAAAAGCUGUUUUUUGUUAGACUUGAACAUAUUGUAACAAAGGAACAUUUACAAAAACCUGCAAUGAGUAAACGUGUUUGUUUGAUGCACUUAAUGAUAAAUGGCAUUAUUUUUACUGUUGACUUAAUGAUUCUACUGCUCACAGAGACAAAUAGCAAUUAUCACGUUUAAUACCCGUCGCCAUAAUGUUGCCUUUGGUUAGCGCAUUCGCUCAUGAAUUUUGAAAGUUUCCACUGAUGUAAGAUCGCUUUUGGGUCUGAAAUAAAAUCAUUCCGUAUGCAUAACUAAUAAAUUAAACAAACAGUGACACUGUGAA